AUGGCCGACGCCGAUCUGAAGCAAGCGAUUCUCCGGCUGACGGAUCUCAUCGCAACCCAGCAGCAGCAGAUUGCAGCUCUCCAGCAGGGUAACGCCAAUCAAGCUGGAAGCGAGAAGAUCAUCGAGUCACUCUCCACCGGAAUCGACGAGUUCCAAUACGAUCCGGACGGCGGCAUCUUUUUCGAUUCGUGGUACGCUCGGUACGAGGACGUGUUCAAGGAGGACGGUAAGCAUUUGGACGACAAGGCGAAGGUCAGGCUGCUUCUGCGGAAAAUCGGUACGCAGUUCCACGAACGCUACGUGAACAGCGUUUUGCCGAACCAUCCGCGGGAUUUUGGAUUCGAAGACACCGUGAAGAAGCUGAAGAAGCUGUUCGGACGCCAAAAGUCCCUCUUCAACGCUCGGUACCAGUGUCUUCAAUACGUGAAGAACGACGCCGAUGAUUUUUCGUCAUACGCCGCGUCGGUCAACAAGCACUGUGAAGCGUUCCAGAUGGAAAAACUGUCCAGCGACCAAUUCAAGACUCUCAGUUGGAAGCUGAAGAAAACGCGCCGCCCGCCGACGGUGCCGUGCAACCGCAUCAUCAACCUCAAGCAAGACACCCAGAUGAUCGAGAAAGGCUGCGGGGACAAGUCCAACGUUCAUGCAAUUUCUCGCCAUCAUCGUACUUCAAGUCGGAAGGAGAAGAAGUCGCAGUCACCGAAAACACCUUGCUGGUUCUGUGGGGAUCUACACUACGUCAAGGAGUGUCCCUACCAGUCGCAUACCUGUACGAAGUGCAAGCGGAAGGGCCACAAGGAAGGCUACUGCUCCUCAUCCGAAAAGAAGUCAUCGAAGCAGGCCGACAAACCGAAACCGAAAGACGUCGUCAAGUCCAAAGGUAUCUCGGUUAAGCGAGUUGACCUCACGAAGAAGCGGAAGUACGUCAAGAUCGAAAUCAACGGUUCGCCCGCAACGUUGCAGCUCGAUUGUGCCUCCGACAUCACCAUUAUUUCCAAGCGCACUUGGACAUCCGUGGGCAAGUCUGUCAUCAAUCCAUCGGAAGUCGACGCCGUGAGUGCCUCUGGUGACAGCAUCGGGAUCCUAGGUGAGUUCAACGCCGAAAUCACCGUUCAAGACGUGACAAAAUCUGGCCGCAUUUUCGUCACGAGCAAUCCGGAUCUCAACGUACUCGGAAUCGAAACAAUCGAUCAGUUCGAUCUCUGGUCGGUUCCAUUCAGCUCGUUGGUCAGCAACAUCCAGCAAAACUCGAACGCAACGAUGCAGAAGCUUCAAGCCAAGUUUCCUGAAGUGUUCCAGUCCACGCUCGGAUGCUGCUCGAAAGCGAAGGUAACACUCUAUCCGAAGCCAGACGCACGCCCUGUGUACUGCCCCAAGAGACCGGUUGCCUACGCUGCCCUCCCGAAGGUUGAUGCUGAGCUGCAGAGACUUCAAGAUAACGGCAUCAUUUCGCCAGUCCAGUUCUCCGAUUGGGCUGCUCCCAUAGUCGUGGUUCGCAAGUCCGAUGUCUCCGUACGUAUCUGUGGUGACUACUCCACGGGUCUCAACGACGCACUCGAGUCGGAUCGCCAUCCGCUGCCGCACCCGGACGACAUUUUUGCUGAACUAGCCGGCUGCCGUUACUUCUCCUGCAUCGACCUAUCGGACGCCUAUCUCCAGGUCGAAGUAGAGGAAUCAUCAAGACGACUGCUCACGAUAAACACGCACAAGGGUUUGUUCCAGUACAACCGUUUGCCGCCCGGUGUGAAAUCGGCUCCUGGAGCGUUCCAGAGGAUCAUCGACAGCAUGGUAGCCGGCAUUCCUGGUGUCAAGCCUUACCUGGACGACAUCCUAAUCGCUGGAAGGACUCAAGAGGAGCACGACCUCAGGCUUCACGCUGUGCUGCAGCGAGUUCGUGAGUAUGGUUUUCAUCUCCGCAUCGAAAAGUGUCGUUUCUCCCUGCCGCAGAUCAAGUUUCUGGGCCACAUCGUCGACAAGGAUGGUCUCCGCCCAGAUCCAGCCAAAACCAGCGCUAUCUCCGAAAUGGCACCUCCAACGAAUGUAUCGCAACUACGAUCGUACCUCGGUGCGAUUAACUACUACGGACGGUUCGUUGGACAGAUGAAGCAACUCCGAGCACCCCUCGAUCGUCUACUCAAGAAAGAUGCUCCUUGGAAAUGGACUGCUGAGUGUCAAAAAUCGUUCGACCGUUUCAAGUCCAUCCUGGUCUCCAAUCUCUUGCUGACGCAUUUCGAUCCCAGUAAGGAAAUCAUCGUGGCCGGAGACGCUUCCAAGGACGGCUUGGGUGCCGUUAUCCUACACCGUUUUCCCGACGGCUCCGUCAAAGCCAUCGCUCACGCUUCAAGGUCGCUCACACCUGCGGAAGAAAACUAUGGUCAAAUCGAGAAGGAAGCGCUCGCGUUGGUGUUUGCAGUUACCCGUUUCCACAAGAUGAUUUUCGGUCGCAGAUUCGUGCUACAGACCGACCACAAGCCCCUUCUCAAGAUUUUCGGCAGCAAGAAAGGAAUUCCCGUCUACACGGCAAAUCGUCUCCAGCGCUGGGCGCUUACGAUGUUGCUGUACGACUUCGAUAUCCAGUUCGUUCCAACGGCUAGUUUCGGACACGCUGACCUGCUGUCACGCUUGAUGAGCUGCCACAGCAAACCGGAUGAGGAAUACGUCAUCGCUGCUCUCCAGACGGAAACCGACGUGAAGGCAAUCCUCGACGACUCUACUUCCCAUUUGCCUGUCACAGCACAAAUGAUCGCCAAGGAAACGCAAGACGACCCGGUCCUUCAAGAGGUAAUCAACCACAUCAGCAACGGCUGGCCGAGCACGGCAAGCGAGCUCCACACUCCAGCUGUACGUCAAUUCUACUCGCGAAGAGAAGGUCUUCAAGUUACCCAGGACUGCAUCAUGUUCGGCGAUCGAGUUGUGGUCCCUGAACGGUUCCGCAAACGCAUCAUCCGGCAACUCCACCGUGGACACCCCGGAAUCGAUCGGAUGAAAUCACUCGCAAGAAGUUUCGUGUACUGGCCGAACAUCGACGAGGACGUUGAAUCGUUUGUGCGCCAGUGUCGUUCGUGUGCUGCUGCUGCAAAAUUGCCCCGCAAGACUACCCUAUCAUCAUGGCCGAUACCAACGAAACCAUGGGAAAGGAUUCAUAUCGACUACGCAGGACCGGUCGAUGGUUACUUCUACCUUGUCGUGGUAGAUGCCUACUCAAAAUGGCCGGAAAUUUUCAGGACCCGUAGCACAACUACCACAGCGACGCUGGAGCUCCUGCAAGAAACUUUCGCAAGAUAUGGAAACCCACAUACUCUUGUGUCCGACAAUGGUACCCAGUUCGUCAGCGCCAGUUUCAAGCUUUUCUGUGACGAAAAUGGUAUCCAGCAUCUGACGACCGCGCCGUAUCACCCACAAUCGAACGGACAAGCAGAACGUUUCGUCGACACCUUGAAGAGAGGAUUGAAGAAACUUGCCGAAGGGGAAAAGACGGUGACGUUCCAGCACCUUCAGACGUUCCUAUCCGUUUACCGGUCAACACCAAACCGAAACGCUCCGGAUGGUAAAUCUCCUGCGCACCUGUUCCUAGGACGAGAAAUGCGGACAUCCCUGGAUCUCUUGAAGCCGAGUUCUCCGCGUCCAACCCUGGUCAACGAGAAGCAGAACGACCAGUUCAACCGAAGACACGGAGCGGUCAAAAGAGCCUUCAAUCCGGACGACCUGGUGUACGCGCAAGUACAUCGCCGAAACAAAACCGAAUGGAUUCCUGGACAGGUCAUCGAACGCAAGGGAUCAGUGGACUAUACUGUGUUACUCGAAAACGGACGCCUCAUCCGAGCACAUACGAACCAGCUACGCCACCGGUUCUCGGAUGCAAGUGAAGCCGUUUCUACACUCAACAACCAACUCCCUUUUGCACUUCUCCUCGACGAAUUCCAAAUCCAAGUUCCAACACCAGUGGUUCUGGAAAAUCCGCUAGACGAACUGGUUCCCGACACCGCAAAUGUUCCAGCUGACGAUGACGAUGGAAAUCAGGACGUGAUGACGGAUGAUGAGCCCGAGGUUCCCACCAGUAUUGGUUCGCCGGAACCAGCUCGACAAGGAAGAUAUCGCAGGCUACCAGCUUGGCUUGCGCCCUACGAUCUCUUUUAA